AUCAGCUAUGUCCAAUCACAGCUGAUCACAUGGGACAUGUACACUGGUCAUCAGGGCACUGAUGAUCAGUGUAGACCCAGCAGUGCCACCUGUCAGUGUCCAUCAGUGCCUUGUGUCAGUGCUCAUCAGUGCCUCGUGCCAGUGCCCAUCAGUGCCACAUAUCAAUGCCUACCAGUGCACAUCAAUGCCACAUAUCAGUGCCCAUCUGAGCUGCCUUUCAGUGUCACCCAUCAGUGCCAGUCAGUGCCACCUAUCAAUGCCAAUCAGUGCCACCUAUCAGUGCUGCCUAUCAGUGCUGCCUAACAGUGCCAGUCAUUUCCGCCUAUCAGUGCCAGUCAGUGCCGCCUGUCAGUGCUGCCUAUCAGUGCCAUGUAUCAGUGCUGCCUUU